AUGACCACUUCAAUUUACUGUCUUUUGGCUUUAUUGAUAUCAUUGACUCUUGUUGUCAUACGUGUAAUUUUCUGUGUCCCAUUUUGUCGUCUUCAGGAUGUCAGUCCAGUAUUAGACAAACCGUUAAGUGUUUUGAUCCUUUUGGGAUCUGGGGGUCAUACCGGGGAAAUGUUGAACAUCCUUUCUCAAUUAGACCACAAGUUCAAAUAUUCAUUCAUUGUUCAAAGCAAUGACGAGUCUUCGGUUCUUAGGUUGGAAAAGAGUCAGGUUAAAGGAACUGUGUAUACCGUCCCGAGGGCCAGAAACGUAGGUGAUGGCCUACUCAGAAGCAUUCAAGGAACGCUAAAGUGUUGGCUGGGAACCAUGAAGGUGCUUGUUUUCGAUAAGAAGUGGAAAGAAGGAAACAUACCGUCCGUCCUUCUGGUGAAUGGACCUGGGUCCUGUGUGCCCUUAGCGUACAGUAUAGUGGUUCUGAACAUUCUGGGACUAGCAAGCGCACGUAUCAUUUAUAUGGAAUCACUAACCAGGGUCAAUGAAUUGAGCUUGUCAGGAAAGUUGCUGUAUUUGGUUGCCGACAGAUUUGUUGUUCAAUGGCCAGAAUUGGCCCAAAAGUAUAGACGUACCGAGUACCAUGGAAUCCUUGUCUAA